AUUUUUUAAAUAAAUAAAUCAUGUACAAAUUAUACAAAAAGACCAACAGAUAUAUCUAUAUAUAAUCUUUCUCAUGGUUUUCUUUACUUGGGGAUGAAAGGGGUUCAUCAUGUUUACUUCAUAAAUUCAGUAUUCGCAAAGCCUCAUGAGUUAUUUAAAGCAAGUUUUUAUUUUCAAUUGGUAUCUAAAUAUCAAAUACGAUAUUGUUAAUAUAAAACUGUUGUAAACAGUGGAACAGUUUAAUGGAUAGGAAACUUUGUUUUAUAGAUUUAAAAAAAAAAACUCACCAAUUUGAAUAUUAUUAUUUUUUUGUUUGUUUUGCUUAAGAUGUGAACUAAGGAUAAACUGUUUACCAUACUUCUGACAUUAAUGGAGAAAUCUGAUGGUUGAGAGACUUGUUUUCUGACAUCUCGGUCAUAAGGUGAAGCAGCAGGUUAGCUAAUUAUAGGAAAGAGGACGUUAAAUAGAUUUUAAACUAAGGCUUGCAGACCGAGCUCAAAAUGAAAGUAUUGUACACGUUUGCUGUACAAGUGUUUCUUUGAUAACGCCAUAUGUGAUGCCUACAAAGCAAAUGGAAGUGCAUGACAGGCAAGAUGUAUAUCUGAAGAGCUGCUUAUUCAAUUUUAAUUAAACUAAUUCAUAUUGUUUAGCUCAAGUUAUUAUGCUAAGAGUAUAAGAUUUCAAGGGUUUUGCCUGAAGGUGAUAGAUAGUAAACAACACGUCACACAAUGGUGCAAAGUGGACAGUCUUUAUUAUUUACUUCUACUAUAACAAUAUUAUAUUAAACCAUAAGCAUACAUAAAGAAAAGAUAAUACGCUUUCCUAUAUAGGACAGUCAGGCAGCCUGGAGGUGAUCUACUGGUCUCUGUAUUGGAAACUGAAUUGCCUGCAAGUCUGGAGCUUACUGCCUUUUGUUACCACCCUGAAGAGACUGAUAUCCUCUGUUCCUACUCACAUAGUGUGAGGCAAGGAAACUAACAGACUAUAACAAGUUGUGAAAAAACAAACCCCGCAGGUGCAGGAUAUGUGAAUCCCAUAAAUUCUUGAUGCACAUAAACAUUGAUAAGAUGAUAUUGUGGGCAUGUAUGGGUGUAUCUAUAUGGCAAACUUUCCCUUUUUAGCUGUAUCAAUUCUUACUAACUGCAUUACAUUUAUGUACAGAUUAAAAAUACAACUGGAUGAAUCGGUACAUUGCUUUUUUUGUAAUUACAUAGUGAAAUGUGCAGUAAUAAACAACCUGAAACUAUUUCAUUAAUAAAAACAAUUGAAAUGACUUUAAAGCAUUCUUUUAAAAACUAAGCUAGUUCAUAUGCAAUGCUGUUAAGAACCUGUGUACCGAUAUAUAUGUGUGUGUGUAUGUAUGUGUUUCCUCCAGUGAGAAAUCCCAUCGAAGGAGAAAUUAAGCCAGCAAUGUUAAUAACCUUCAGCUCAGUCAGAUUACUGUUUAACCACGCGUUUGAAUCACCUGUUCCCUGUAGCUAUGACGUUUACGCUGGACUUUGAGUUUGCGCAAUCGAUUCUCUAUAGCUCUUUUGCUGACAGGCAGCAAGGCAUUCUCCGCUAAGCCAGUGCACAGACUGUGUACUUCACUACUGUUUUGCAAGCGAAUUGUUCAUUUCUACCAUAAUGUAUAUCUGCAGGGGUGCUUGGCGAAAAUUUGCUCCGCUGGCACGGAGUUGCACCACAAGGUUUGCCAAAAAUGCAGCAGCCCCUGUGCGGCAGAUGUCCUCUGGUGCUGCUCCAGGCUCAGCAGGGGAUAAUCUGAUGUACAUCGUCCUCUGUGGUGGGUCGUUUGCUGGCGCAGGGUAUUAUGUCUACAAGACUCUAACUACUGACUUGGCCAGGUACCGGGACAGAGUCACAGAGAUCAACAGCAGACCAAAGUCAGAAUGGACACCAAAGCCAUGGUCAUCAAACAAGGAAGAUGAGUCUGAGGACUCUGGAGAGGCAGAGGCUGCUGAAGAGGCUACAGUAGCAGAGGCCCUGGAGGAGGCACUAGCUGAGGCCUCGGCUGAGUCCCCAAGCCCUGCAGAGUCCACAGAGGCUGGGUUAGCUGACACACCUACAGCUGAGGAAGAAAUCUCACUGGUGGAAGAAACUCAGGGACCUGCUCCCGUAGAGGCUGCCCCAGCCCAAGGUUAAUUCAAAUCAAGUCUCUUUAUAAAACAAUUGACCAAACAAAACUGGGCAACAUUUUACAGUGAGUGCCAUGAAUUCACACGCAAUUCCCUAUGAUUUCCUAUUUUCAGUUCAUGAUAAAUUCUACAUGUCUCCCUUUCCCAGAGGCAUUAUACAGGUAAUAUGUUAUUCUGGCUCUGAGAGGGUGAUAUUAACCGAUUGGUUCAAUAAUUAUUUAUUGUAAAGUGUUGCCAAAACCAGUAUUAAAACCAGCCUCCCUGAAUACUACUUUUCCUAAACCCUACUGCUUUUGCAUAUUUGUAAACUGUUUACAUUUCCCUGUAUUUUAUCUGUAUAUUCAUGCUAGAUAACUGUUUUAAUAUGUUUCACCUUGUAACCCAGUUAAUGGUAGACAAAGUUCUGCUUAUCUGCUAGAGAUUACUUUAAAGUUACAAAGUCUAACAAUUUGAUCUUGCUUUGAAUGCAUACCCUAAAGUAUAGGACAGACAGACAAACAUUUUUGAUAUGUUUAACAGUUAAUCAUUUUAAAGAAGUUCAUUUUGAUGUAAUGCUAAUUUAUCAAUAAUUCUUAGUGUUCAGAAUUCUUAUACUACAGGUAUUCCCACACGCAUAAUGCAAGUAUCAUUGUCACAAUAUUAAGUGUACAUGUCACAAGACAAAUUAACUUUCUAUAAUAUUACAGUACAAUAGUCCUUCACAAGACAGUCAUGUUAUACAGUAUAUGUAUAUACCUUUGUGUUCACAUGUUUAAAUUAAGUUUAAAAAUAAAAAUCUGAUGAAUUUUUAAAGAAAAAGCAUUUUUAAUCUGCAAGAAAGAUUAUAUGUUAAAUGCCAACCCAAAAUUGCAUUAUAAUACAGUCAAUAAAAAUAACUUCAUGGACAAUUAUUUAUUAAAUACGAUUUGAUUGUGGUAUUUGGCAGGUAGGUAAGUCUUUUAUGAGUUCUACGUGUAGUAAUUGUUUUUAAGAGAAUGCACCUUUUUAAGCAUUCCAUAUAAACUAAAUGAUUAAAUAAUUUGAUUCCGUUGGACUUAAAACCUUCCAUUUGGUACUGUAACUGGUGCAAUUCUGUUUUUAAAUGCACAGGUUUUGAAGAAAAAAGUUUGUUUUAAUAGUAAAUUGAAGUUUUUAAAUGUUAUAGAACAGUUAUCUAGAAAAGUAACUACAAGUUGUCACAUAACAAACUGUUUUCAGCUUCUAUUUACUAUGACUGUAACAAUGCUAAAAAACAAAGUUUUCAUUUAAAAAUUUUUAAAAAUAAAUGUUUCCAGCAAAUGAAUGUUUAGUGUAAUUAACAAUUUCAUGGGUGUGUUUCAAAGCUAUGGGUACGAUAAUGACGGCAAACCUGUACCCCGAAUGUUUUAAGGAGUGCUAACCAAUGCUAGUCCAUUUUAUUACAGUAUUAUCAUUAUUAACAUUAUUGCUGGUCCCCAUGUUCAGGAUAUGCAAGUAUUCUAGGUCAUCUUGGUGUAUAGUAAAUACACAGUAGAAAAUCAUGAAAUUUGUGUGAAUUUCAACUACAACACAUUGCAUUGUCAGGAACCAGGAAGUAGACACAUCUUUUCUUCUAUAGAGUUGUAUUUUUCUCACCAAAGCCUAAAUCAAAGGUUUGCAACCAAACUUUUACCAUCUGCACACAUAUUGCAUAAUAAUACAAAGCAAAUGAAAUAUCUACUUGCUGAAGUGGUUUUUAUUUUAGCCAAUGAGGAGUUCAGUUGAAGCAGGCAGCAAAAGGCAAAAUGCAUGCUUUUACUGUUCAGUUUACUAGAGUUUGUUAAAUCCCCACCCCCCCCACCCCCCAUUCCCUUUAUGCCUGUUGCUAUGGAAGUUGGGAACCUACUUAUUGAGCAUGUGUUUUCAAGCACUGGUGUGUUGUAAUGAUGUUUAUUGUGUAAGCAACAUUUAAAAACUUCACUAACACAUUGACUGUUAACUGUCAUCUCAUUAAACACUGCAAUGCAUG